GGUUAGGGUUUAAAAGGCAGGGCCAAGCAAAAGGCGGUCCACAGCAACAGUCAUGGGCACACACAUCACUGACGCAGGCAGCUGUAGGAGCAUAUAGAACUUCCUCUGACCUAUGCAUUACUUGGGAGGGGCAGCGAAUAGAGACACAGAGCAAGACAUAGGCACACCACACACGCACGCACCGGACCACAUCGCCUGCCGCACGACCAGUGACCCCAUCCAGCGCCCCGUCAGGAUGGUGGCUCACACAUACACAGAGAGGGAGAGAGAGCGAGUGACCCCAUCCAGCGCCCCGUCAGGAUGGUGGCUCACACAUACACAGAGAGGUAGAGAGAGCGAGUGACCCCAUCCAGCGCCCCGUCAGGAUGGUGGCUCACACAUACACAGAGAGGUAGACAGAGAGAGUGUCCCCAUCCAGCGCCCCGUCAGGAUGGCGGCUCACACAUAAUGAGCCGCAGGUCAUCUCAUGCACCCUGCAACAAACCCCCGAUUCACUCUCGCCACUCCACAUGACUUUGCAUCUCUCGCUUUCGACGCUUCUUCCCAGUUGCUUCCUCCAAACACUUGGCGACGAUGAAGAAGCCAAAGCACUUGUCCUCCGGCUGCAUCUCAAGAAACUGUGCCAUCUCGGGGGAAUCCCGAAACGAAGAAAACCACGAGCUCCAAUAACAACCCAAAUCACGCUCGGUUGAAGCCUGCAAAUACAUAUCAUUCAUUCAUUCAUUCGUUCAUUCGGCGUCCUCAUGAACACACCUGCAAAUGCAUGUUCUGCACCGCACAGGCGGUCGCAGCCGCUUCCUCCCAUUCGGGCAUCCUCUUCGAGCCAGCUUGCCGGCGCAUCACAAUCGCCACCAUGAAGGAAACCGAUCCCCAGCGACCGUCGACCUCCCGCUCCCUGACCUGCCGCCAUUGCCCAUACUGCUCCUCCGUCUCAGCAAUCCCAACGCCGCGCCAAUGCUGGUCGUAGUAGGCCAGGGUGAGGUGCUGCAGCUCCAGCAUGCCCUUGCGGCCGAGCACCACGAAGCGCCAGGGAGGCACAGGCCCAUGGAACGGCGCACACAUGGCUGCCUCCAGCAAACGCUCCAUCUGCUGUGCAGACACCGCCUCGUUGACGUAAUGCCGAGGGAAUACCGAGCGACGGUUCUGGAUGCAGGCGAGUACCGGUUGGACAUCAUCGCCGCUGUUGCUGCUGCGCGUCUCGUCUGCCGGCUGAUGCUGCUGCUUGCGCCUCAGUUGCAGGAACACCACGCUGAGACAGCAGACUGCCACCAAAGUGACCAAACUUGUGCCGACCGUCAAAAUGCUGCCCUCGGCGACCGACUCCAUGUCGCUAACGAGUCGAAAGGGGAGAAAGCCUCCGAGGCGAAAGCAUUAGG